GGUAGAAAAUCUGCAAAUAAAAUAUAAUUGGAAUAGAUUCUGUUCUCAAUCGUGUCAAAUGUAAUGUAAAACAGGUGAGAUGAUUAAAGAGAUACAUUACGUUAAACGUAAUGUAGGCGAAGGGAAUGUCAGUGAAAUGAAAUCGAAAACAUUUGGGUUGCUUAUUCCAGUAUUCAUGGUUAUUGCACGAUGCAGUGCCAUUGCGUGUCCGUUUGUUGGAGGAUUGCCUAAUAACUGGCAUUGUAAAUCUGACAGACCGCAACAGUUAUACAGUUGUCCACCCUACCUCGUUUAUUGCAAGUUGAUUGCAGACAGGCCUUGUUUAACUGCAGCCGGCUUCCGAUUGCACACCUUGAUUUUUAAGAGUCACCAUGUCUACUGGGUACACAUGGCAGUGGCAGGUAAAAAUGACUUUGCAGUUCUCAACACCGGGCGGAAAAUGCCUCUCCUCGGUCUAGGAACAUGGAAGAGCGAACCUGGCAAGGUAAAACAGGCAGUGGUUUGGGCUUUGCAGGCUGGCUACCGUCACAUCGACUGUGCUGCCAUCUAUGGCAACGAGGUGGAAAUUGGCGAGGCUCUGCAGGAGACACUUGGCCCUGACAAAGCCCUGAGGCGAGAGGAUGUGUUUAUCACCUCUAAGCUGUGGAACACACAGCAUCACCCAGAGGAUGUUGAGCCCGCUCUGCUUAAGACACUGAAGGAGCUGAGGCUGGAGUACCUGGAUCUCUACCUCAUCCACUGGCCCUACGCUUUCCAACAAGGUGACGCUCCUUUCCCUAAGUCAGAGGACGGCACCCUGCUGUAUGACGACAUCGACUACAAGCUGACUUGGGCUGCCAUGGAGAAGCUGGUGGGAAAGGGCAUGAUCAGGGCUAUCGGCCUGUCCAACUUCAACAGCAGACAGAUAGACGACGUGCUGUCUGUAGCCAACAUCAAACCCACUGUGCUUCAGGUGGAAAGCCAUCCGUAUCUGGCUCAGGUGUUGUUGCUGCAACACUGCCGGGACAGGGGCCUGGUGAUGACAGCGUACAGCCCACUGGGGUCACCGGAUCGGGCAUGGAAGCAUCCUGACGAGCCCGUCCUCCUGGAUGAACCAGCCAUCGGCACCUUGGCCAAGAAGUACAACAAGUCCCCAGCACAAAUUAUCAUUAGAUGGCAGACGCAGCGAGGAGUGGUGACGAUCCCUAAAAGUGUGACAGAGGCUCGGAUCAAAGAGAAUAUCCAGGUGUUUGACUUUACCCUUGCAGCAGAAGAGAUGAAGUGUAUAACAGCAUUGAACAAAGGCUGGCGCUACAUUGUACCAACCAUCACAGUUGAUGGGAAGCCCGUCCCCAGGGAUGCAGGACAUCCACACUACCCCUUCAUUGACCCCUACUGAGUAAAUCCCCAACUGCUGCCCACUUGUGCCUUGGGAACCCCCCCCCCCCUUCCUCAACCCCAUCCUAGGCUGUGUCCCAAUUAAAUAGCUUCAUUUUGUCAUAAUCCUCCUGAGUGACAACUGAUUUGAGAAGUAUUAUUUUUAGGGGAAAGAAGGUUGGUAGAAAAAGUCCAGCUCCUGUCAGAUCAGUUUUCAUGGUGGUGAGGUGGCGGGGAAAGAGUGCUUUAGAGUGUAUUAGGACAUAGCAUCUGUGUUCUUCGUAAUAAAAAUGUUUUGUUACUGCCCUUGAA